GAGCAGGAAGUAAGAGUCGCUUUCCUUUUUUUUUUUUUUUUUUGGUUGUUGCCUUACAGAGCAGAGCACUUUGGAACGAUGGACUUACCAGAAACUAUCAGAAGACGUUUGGAGGACCUUUCUCGGAACGUCUUUGUGGACCAGAGUCAGGCUCCGUCGAAGGACAGCCGCACGUCUGCACACGACAGACGUGUUUUGUCCAGCCUGCCCCUCCAGAUGUCUCUCUUCUUUAACAUGUGGUUCUUCCCCCUGUGGUGGAUCAGUGAAACUGUCAUGUUGCACCUUAAAUAUUCUGCUUUGCCGGACUACUACAAGUUCAUCUUGGUGACUGUCCUAAUCCUGAUGACUGGGAUUGAGGCCAUUAGACUCUAUCUUGGUUAUGUGGGCAACAUGCAUGAAAAGGUGGCAGAGUUGGCUGGCUUUUGGCUGUUGAGCAUCCUGCUGCAGUUGCCACAAAUCCUCUUUCAGCUCUUCAAUGAAGGCAUUCUCAUACAACCGCUGGAAAGAGCGCUCAAAAAACAUCCAAAAGCCUCCAUCAUCGUUUUAUAUAGACACUGCUGUCGUUGGUUUUGUGGCUCUGCGGGACUUGGUCAGACACACUGAAAGUCAAUUCCAUCUGCACCAGUUUGACUGAAACUUCCGUUUAUCAACUUUUGGAACAAACACCUCAUUGAUUCAGACAGAAAGAAAAUAUAUUUAUUUUUUUGUAUUUUAGUCAGCAUAUUUCACCUGCAAUUUUGAUAUGGUUUUGUGUACAUUUGUAAAUAAUAAAAACAUUAUAAAUGGAUACUGCAAAAAGAAAA